GACAUAAAUGAGCACUCCCAAUCCAUAUCAAACUUCUUGAGCACAUUCAGCCACCAACACUAUAUCUCUGAUUCUCAACCAAUUCUCAAUCUCUUUGUCAGAUCUUCUCCCUUAACAAACUCCAAACAAAAAUGAGCACUCCCAAUCCAUAUCCUGCUCCAAUAACACCAUCCAACAUAAGAAUUGGUUGGAUAGGCAUAGGUGUGAUGGGGUCUGCAAUGGCUUCACGCCUCCUCUCAGCUGGCUACACUCUUACCAUCUACGCUCGCACCCCUUCAAAAGCAGCCCCACUCAUUUCUCUUGGUGCUCAGCUUGCUGCCACUCCUGCUGAUGUAGCCAAGUCUUCUGACAUAGUCUUCACCAUGUUGGGACACCCACAUGAUGUGCAACAAAUUAUCUUAGCCAAAGACACAGGAGUUUUAUCUGGACUAAGCGCCAACGGUGUGAUAGUAGAUCAUACCAGUAGUCAUCCGGAUUUAGCUGCAGAGAUUUUUGUGGCUGCUCGCGAAAAGAACUGCUGGACAGUUGAUGCUCCUGUUUCUGGGGGUGAUAUAGGUGCUAAGAAUGGUAGUUUGACUAUUUUUGCUGGUGGAGAUAGGGAAAUUGUGGACUGGUUGUCACCAUUGUUGCGACUCAUGGGUAGUAAAGUGACUUAUAUGGGGGGUCCUGGUAGAGGGCAGAGCUGUAAGAUAGCUAAUCAGAUUGUGGUGGGUGCAAAUUUGCUUGGUUUGAGUGAAGGGUUGGUGUUUGCUAGGAAAGCAGGGUUGGAACGGAGUCAUUGGAUGGAAGCGGUGCGAGGAGGGGCAGCUGGUUCUAAGGUCAUGGAGCUUUUUGGACGAAGGAUGAUGGAUGGGGAUUUCAAGCCAGGUGGGUUUGCUGAGUACAUGGUCAAGGACAUGGGUAUGGGAGUAAAUUUCGUCGAGGAGGUGAAGGAAGAUAAGGUGGUGGUUAUGCCCGGUGCAUCAUUGACUAAGCAGCUGUUUUCGGGAAUGGUUGCUAAUGGUGACGGAAAGCUUGGUACUCAAGGUCUUAUCAGUGUGAUAGAGAGGAUAAAUGGGAACUGAGUCUUCAAGUGCCCACACCAAGUCUAAUAUGUAGCUGAGUGGAGAAGAAAUCACUAGCCAGGAUGUAAUGUAUAGAGGCUGUUGGAAUGGAAAAUGUAUUGAGAAAUUGUAAGUGAUAGCUUUACCUUAGGAAAGCUCCCACCUCUUGAAAGAGGGGAAGAUAGUAACUGAUUGUUCACCUUGUGUCCUUGUUCUAUCAAUACAAUCAUAUCUUACUCUUUGCUCUUUUAAA